AUGUCAUCCCUCAAGCAAUUUAUCCGAAAUGUUCGGUCAGCCAAGACUAUUGCCGAUGAACGUGCGGUGAUUCAGAAAGAGAGCGCGGCCAUUCGUGCAUCGUUCAGGGAAGAGAGCCACGAUUCGGGCAUACGGAGAAACAAUGUGGCUAAGCUGCUUUAUCUAUUCACCCUCGGAGAGCGGACACACUUUGGUCAGAUCGAAUGUCUGAAGUUGUUGGCGUCCCAUCGCUUCGCCGACAAGCGACUGGGGUAUCUCGGAACUAUGCUGUUGUUGGAUGAGAACCAGGAAGUGUUGACGCUGGUCACAAAUUCGCUUAAGAAUGACCUUAACCACUCGAACCAGUAUAUCGUCGGACUCGCCCUCUGCGCCUUGGGUAACAUCGCCUCUAUCGAAAUGUCCAGAGAUCUUUUCACCGAAGUCGAAUCUCUCCUCUCCACCCCGAACCCCUACAUCCGGAGGAAGGCCGCAUUGUGUGCCAUGCGUAUAUGUCGCAAGGUCCCAGAUCUCCAGGAAAACUUCUUCGAGAAAGCCAAAACACUUCUUUCGGACCGAAACCAUGGUGUUCUGCUGUGCGGGUUAACGCUGGCCAUCGACAUGUGCGAAGCUGAGGAAGCUGAGGAGGGCCAAGAAGGUGUGAUCGAGAUGUUCCGGCCUUUGGCCCCUGCUCUGGUUCGCGCCCUGAAAGGGUUAACAACCUCCGGUUAUGCACCCGAGCAUGAUGUGUCUGGGAUUACGGAUCCGUUCCUGCAGGUGAAGAUCUUGCGUUUCUUGAGGGUCGUUGCGAGAGGCGAUGCGGAGACCAGCGAGAUGAUCAACGACAUUCUGGCCCAGGUGGCCACCAAUACCGACUCGAACAAGAAUGUAGGAAACGCGAUUCUGUACGAGGCUGUCCUCGUUAUCCUCGACAUCGAAGCCGAUUCGGGAUUGAGAGUGUUGGGUGUCAACAUCCUUGGAAAAUUCCUUGCCAACAAGGACAACAACAUCCGCUACGUCGCUCUCAACACGCUAAACAAGGUGGUGGCGAUUGAACCAAAUGCCGUACAGAGACAUCGCAAUACGAUUCUGGAGUGUCUACGUGAUCCUGACAUCAGUAUCAGACGACGAGCGCUCGACCUCAGUUUCAUGCUGAUCAACGAGAGCAACGUGCGUGUUCUUGUUCGGGAGCUGCUCGCUUUCUUGGAAGUUGCCGACAACGAAUUCAAGCCUUCGAUGACCUCCCAAAUUGGUAUCGCCGCUGACCGAUUCGCUCCCAACAAGCGCUGGCAUGUCGACACGAUUCUCCGCGUUCUUAAGCUUGCCGGUGCCUACGUCAAGGAACAAAUUCUAUCGUCCUUUGUCCGUCUUGUUGCUACUACCCCAGACUUGCAGACCUACUGUGCACAGAAACUUUAUGUGGCAUUAAAGGAGGAUAUCUCGCAAGAGGGUCUCAUCCUUGCUGGUGCGUGGGUGAUUGGUGAAUACGGUGACAACCUGCUUCAUGGAGGACAGUAUGAAGAGGAAGAGCUCGUCAAGGAGGUCCGCGAGACCGACAUCGUGGAUCUCUUCAUCAACAUCCUCAACAGUACUUCUGCCUCGCAGACUGUGGUGGAGUACAUUAUUACGGCUUCGAUGAAACUUACUGUGAGAAUGUCAGACCCGUCCCAGGUUGAACGCCUGCGUCGGUUCCUCAGCAGCAAGACCGCGGAUCUGAGCAUUGAAAUCCAACAACGCGCGGUCGAAUACACCAACCUCUUUGGCUAUGACCAGAUCCGGCACGGUGUCCUGGAACGGAUGCCUCCACCAGAGAUCCGGGAAGAGCAAAGGGUAUUGGGCCCUAUAACCAAGAAGCGCCAAAGCAAGCACCUCAAGGACAAGACGAAGAAGCCGUCGAAGCCGGCAGACUCGGAUCUGCUGCUCGACCUCAUCAGCGGCAACGAGGCCCCGGCGGCUGCCAGCCCAACACCAACCAGCACGCAAAACACUGCAGACCUGUUGGCGGAUAUCUUAGGCGGAGGGGACUCUGGCGUCUCGUCGCCUGCACCCCAGCCCAUCCCAACAACCAACACCAGUGCCAUUAUGGACCUCUUUGGAUCGAAUGGUGUCACCCCGUCCCCUAAACCAGCGGAGCCGGCAUCCGCCUCGAUGGACGUUCUGGGUGGUCUCGGGUCAACCGCUACGCCGCCGCCAGCAGCUGCGGCGUCUGUAGCACACACGGCAUUCAAUAAGCACGAUCUGUCGCUUUCACUUGCGGUGCAACGGGCGAGUAACGGCAACGCACAGAUUCAAGCCCGUUUCCGCAAUUCCUCGAACUUCACCAGUUUCUCUGGUGUAGGGUUGCAAGCUGCCGUGCCCAAGAGCCAGCGGUUGCAGCUGAGUGCGAUUAACAAGGCUGAACUCGAGGCUGGAGAUGAAGGAGUGCAGGUGAUGAAGAUUGCGGCAUUGAACGGGGCACUCCCACCCAAACUCCGUCUUCGUCUCCGAGUCACAUACGCAAAGGAUGGGUCAGAACCGGUGACAGACCAAGUCGAUUGGAGCGAGCCCUGA